UUAGGGUGGGGUUAGUCAGAGGGGAACUGGCCCCCACAGUGAGUCUGGCUUAGGGUUAGGGUGGGGUUAGUCAGAGGGGAACUGGCCCCCACAGUGAGUCUGGUUUAGGGUUAGGGUGGGGUUAGUCAGAGGGGAACUGGCACUCACAGUGAGUCUGGUUUAGGGUUAGGGUGGGGUUAGUCAGAGGGGAACUGGCACUCACAGUGAGUCUGGUUUAGGGUUAAACCAUAAAGACAGUUUACAGUUAUUAUCAACUGCAACUAAUGAGCAGUCUUAACUGGCCAAAACUUAGACUCAUGCAUAACCGACUGAACACAGUAAAUGUAUGUGAUUCCUGCUAGAACUCUUUGAAUCCUCUCAAUUGUAAAAUUUGGGCGUCCACUUAAACGUCUGUCAAUUAGUAACUCAGUCAGAGUGAAUGUCCCGUUACGUGUUUAAUAUGAGCAAAGGUUUCAGUAAUCAAGAUCUGUGCCACGGAACGCAUUCGUGUCAUAGAGAAAACUGUGUAAUGUAAUUACACACAAAGUAACGAGUCUACCUUAAUGCAAGCAAAAACGCAGAAGAACCACUUUUAUUGUGAUUUCUACAGACACGGUGUGUACAUUCAGUGAAAUGGCAGGAUCCAGUAUUUCAGUAACUCAGGAUCAGUUCUGUUGUUCAGUGUGUUUGGAUCUCCUGAAGGAUCCAGUGACCAUUCCCUGUGGACACAGUUACUGUAGGAGCUGUAUUAAAGACUGCUGGAAUGGGAGGAGAUGUCCUCAAUGCAGAAAAAAAUUAUUUCCAAAACCUGAUUUAAGUAAAAAUGUGGUGAUUGCGGAGAUGGUGGAGAAACUGAAAAUGACGAGAAUCCAAGAGACUCCCUGUUACGCUGGUCCUGCAGAUGUGGAGUGUGACGUCUGUACUGGAAUAAAACAGAAAGCCGUCAAGUCCUGUCUGGUGUGUCAAAACUCUUACUGUCAGAAUCAUCUAGAACAACAUGAAAAUCUCUUCAAGAAUAAGAGACACAGCUUGAUGGAUGCCACUGGACGACUCCAGGAGAUGAUCUGCCCUCAACAUGAUAAAAUGCUGGAAAUUUACUGUCAAACAGACCAGAAGUGUAUCUGUGUGCUGUGUAUGGUGGAUGAACACAAGAACCACAACACCAUAUCAGCUGCAGCAGCAAGGACUGAGAAACAGCGAGAUUUGGAGGAAACACAGAGUAAACUGCAGCAGAGGAUCGAGGAGAAAGAGAAAGAUGUUCAGGAGUUGAGAGAAUCUGUGAUGUUUCACAAGAGCUCUGCACAGAAAGCAGUGGAGGACUGUGAGCGGAUCUUCACUGAGUUGAUCUCAUCCAUUGAGGAAAGUCGCUUUGAGCUGACACAGCUGAUCAGAGAUCAGGAAAAGGCUGAAGUCAGUCGAGCUGAAGAACUCUUGAAGCAACUAGAGCAGGAGAUUGAUGAUCUGAGGAGGCGAGUCGAUGAGAUGCAGCAGCUUUUACACACAAACGAUCACAUCCAUUUCCUGCAGAGUUUCCAGUCGCUCUCUGUCCAUCCUGGAUCCUCUGACAGCAUCAAUGUCACUUCUCGUCUCUCUUAUGAACAUGUAGUGAAAUCUGUCACUCAACUCAGAAUCAAACUGGAGGAUUUCUGCAGAGAGGAGACCAAGAAGAUGUAUGAUAGAGUGAAAUACAUUCAGAUCUUACCCACUCCUGAAUACAAGACCAGGAAGGAGUUUCUACAAUAUUUCCAUCAGUUCACUCUGGAUCUGAACACAAUAAAUGAGUAUCUCCGUCAGUCUAAGAGGAACACAGUUGUUACUUGCACUGAGAAACCCAAGCGCUAUCCUGAUCAUCCAGACAGAUUUGAUGGUUGGGGUCAGGUGUUGUGUAAAGAGAGUGUGAGUGGAUGCUGUUACUGGGAGGUGGAGUGGAGUGGGAAUCGUGGUGUGGAUAUUGCAGUGGCAUAUAAGAGUAUCAGGAGGAAGGGAAAUGCUCCUAAGUGUUUGACUGGAGGUAAUGAUCAGUCCUGGAGAUUGACCUGCUCUCCUUCCUAUUACUCAUUCUGGCACAAAAACAUUGAGACUAAAUUGCCUGUAGUCCACAUCUCCAGUAGAAUAGGAGUGUAUGUGGAUCACAGUGCAGGAGUUUUGUCCUUCUACAGCGUCUCUUACACAAUGAACCUCAUCCACAGAGUCCAGACCACAUUCACUCAACCUCUGUAUCCUGUGUUUGGACUAGAUAGAAACACAACAGUGAAACUCUGUUCUCAAACUGUAGAAAUGUUAUAGAGAUACUACAAAUAAUAUUGACAUAUUACAGAUUUAAGUUUCAUGAUAAAUCAGUAAUUGUGAGCUAAAAAUAAUGUGUUAAACAUCAGCAGAUAAAUCUAUUUUCUGUUCUAGUGAUAAAAACUGAAUGUGUGAUUCACGUCAUUUUCAGUGUUUGUUGACAUGUUUGAUUGUCAAACGUAACUUCUAAAUCUUCUCAUGGGUUAUUGAAAGGUAUUUUAAUUAUAUAUAAUCUGACCUUUUAUUUUACUGAUGUUUCACAAAAUACAGAGCACUAUAAUGCAACUUUAAAUCACUUUACUCAGAUUAAUUCAUGUCUGAAAAUACCACAUAACUA